AGCAAGUUACAUUUUGAGUGGCGUCUCUCCCCCACCCUCCUCUUGCCGAAGGGGAAACGUAAAGGGCGAGCUUUCGCAGCAUGGCCAGCGCCACUGUCUGGAGCCGCCGCGCUGCCCUUGUGUAUACCGUCGGGACGUGGACCGUCUUCGGCUGGGUCGCCCUCCAGUCCUUCAGGUUCUUGAGGAGGGGGGACAAAUUUGAGAAGAAGGAAGAGGACGAAGAACAGCAGUCCUCGCAGCCAGUUGGUGGGGAGCAAGUAAGCUCCAUUGGACAAGGCAUUUGUGUGCUACUGGGUAUCUCUGUGGAAGACACUCAGAAAGAGCUUGAACAUAUGGUUCGAAAAAUUUUAAACUUGCGUGUGUUUGAAGAUGAAAGUGGGAAACACUGGUCUAAAAGUGUCAUGGACAAGCAGUAUGAAGUGCUUUGUGUGAGCCAGUUUACUCUUCAAUGUAUCUUGAAAGGAAACAAGCCAGACUAUCACAUGGCCAUGCCUACAGACCAAGCAGAGUCAUUCUAUAACAGCUUUAUAGAACACCUUCGCAAAACAUAUAAGCCAGAGCUCAUUAAAGACGGCAAAUUUGGUGAAUACAUGCAAGUGCAUAUCCAGAAUGAUGGGCCUGUGACCAUAGAAUUGGAGUCUCCUACAGCUCCCAUUGAUUCUAAGCAGUUGGCAAAACUUGAGAAACAGCAACAGAGAAAAGAGAAGACCAGAAUGAAGGUGCCCUCUGAAUCAAGUAGAGAAAGGAAUGUUCCUAGAAGUAAAAAUGACCCCAGUGCAAGCAGUGGGGCUGAAGGAGAUGUUUCUUCAGAAAGGGAGCCUUAGCUUAUGAAAAGCAAGAUCAGAGGCUGCUGGUGACCUUCUGUACUCAUUAGUGGAUGACACCCAGUUCCUAUAUGAAAAAAUGAGUCAGAAAGAGACUUGGAAUCAAGAAAUAAGAAGUUACGGUCUGCAUCAUGCUGUAUUCAAAAACAACCGAAGGAAUGUUAUCUGUUUCCAUUGCUAAUAUGCUUUAUAAUGGAGGUGGUAGAUUACUUUUUUGAUGUUGUUUUAGAUCAUUUCUUCUGUGAUUUUUUUUCAGUGUGGCUGCCACAUGUGUCCGGUUAAGUCCCAUAUAUGUGGGGUAGAGUCCCAUCAGCAACUCUGGUUCUUACCAGAGUCUACAAAUGCUUUCACCAUGAAAAGUCUCCUUACUCUUCCCCUCACCCCAAUAAGGAAAAUUAAUCCAUUGACAGCUUGCAAGAGAGAGAAGCAGGGGAUGAGAUAGAAGCACCAUGGAAGCAUAUGUGAACUCAGCUCCUCACCCAUGUUAGUUUUCUGAAGGGAGCCUGGGGUUCAUUAGUUUGUAUUAGUUUGUAUUUUGAGGAAGAGGAUUGAUCAUAAUCUCAUGCUGUUUUGGAGACAAAUGCAAUGCCUCCAUAGUUCAGCAUAAGCCUUCUGCUUUCCACUAGGAGUGGAUGAGAUACAUUCUGGCAGCCACACAUUCUUCCCCCCAAAAUUUGUCAGUUCUCAUUUUCUAGAUACAAAUAUUCUGGUGCCACAGUAAACACCAUGACUACAUGUGUGUGUGCAGUCAUAACCAUAACAUAAUCAGUUUUUGUCUGGUUUCAUGCAGUCCCUUUUCUGCGAUUAUUCUAGUGAGAUAGAAAUCACUGUGGUGUUUCUGUUUUGUACCCCAUCAAGACAUAAGAGAAGAACUGGGACACAUUGAAGGUGUCCCUCUCCUGUAGCUGCUCCCUGCCAUUCCUUAAGGCAAACACCACUAAUUUAGUAGGAAUCUCUUCAUGGGCUCCCCUACUCAUGGGGUUCUUAUCUUACCUUAGCGAUCAGGGAAGGAUCUAUGCUGCAGCAGCUCUCACACUACUAGUAUAAUAUAAGAAGUGGGCCACCAUUGUUGACUGAAGAAUGGUUGUUUUUCUAUGCAGGUUGUAAGCAGCACUAUUGUAAUGGAUCAUAUGAUCCUUUUUGAUAAAUAUUUUUCCCUCCAAUUUUCACUUCAGGUUUGAAGACUAAACUUAUAUUUUGAUCCCAUCAAUAUGAUUUCAUUUUUUCUCGUAGCUCUGUACAAACUGUGUGUGCAUUGGUUGUGUAUUUGUGUGUGUAUUUGUCUGUCAGACUGUACAAUUCAUGAAAAAUAAUCAAUUUGGGGAGGUUGGGGAGAAGGGGCGUCUAUGUAUAGUGAGUUUCACUGAACUGCCAUGUAUUUAUUCUGUUAAAAGUGUGUAUUUGUAUGUGUCUUUUAACCUUUUUCAAAAAAGGGAAAACUUUGCUAAUAAAGUAUGCCACCUGAGAUA